AUGGAAAUACCCCGAGUAGAGAUGAAUCCUCUGGCUCCUCUUCUGCCCUGUGUCAACGAGCACAGCACUAACGAAAUUACUGAAAAUGGGGACAAUUAUUUACAAAGGGGUAACCAGGCCUCUCUGAUGGGUAACAAUGCCAACUCCUGCUUGUCCAAACGCAAAAGUCCCGACGAACAGGUGUUGAAUGCAAUUGAAAAUCACAAUUUAACCUCUGAAAGCGACAAGAGACCCUCGAACAACUUGUAUGACAACACAGACCAAGGGGAAAGCAACGGAAGUCACAUCAAUACGGCUACGAAGCCUAUUCUGUCAUUGAAUGCAGUCUCCAGUGGACCGUUUGCCGAUGGCAUUGAUGAAGGGAACUCACCGUCCUCAGUUUCAUCAUCCGGAUCAUCUAUCUCAUACACAUCAUCGUUUUCAUCAUCCAUGGAUUCAAACACAUCUUCAUCUUCUCCUGUAACUAUGACGUGCACUCAGCCGGUGCCCUUGAAAAUUCAACAGCAGCCUGCUGUUCAUAUUGGCCAUACCGAACAAUCCUACAACCAUGGUGAUAAUGGCGGCAUUUCGUUUGAAAAUACUCCAAGACUUUCUUCUAAAGAAGUGUAUGUUGAUUCAUGCUUAAAGCAGGGUCAGUUGCCGGAGUACUUGGGCUUGAGGAAUUCUCCAGUUCAUGGUAAGAAGAAGAAGCACUCAUUCAACGACUCAAAUUCACAGAGUUCUGCACAUGCUAGGCAUCAACAUGGUAACGCGAAAGUGGUGGACAUUGAUGCAAUCAUUAAGCGUCUUGUAGAAACUGGACUCUCAAAGAAAACACCAAAGAAAUUCCCACUGUCGUCCUCAGACAUAAAAUUUGUCUGCUCGAAGGCCCGCGAGAUUUUCAUGAGUCAGCCUAUGCUUCUUGAGCUAGCUGCACCAGUAAAAAUUGCGGGUGACAUUCAUGGACAGUUCCACGAUCUCUUGCGAAUCUUUAAGAUGUGCGGAUUCCCACCUCACGCCAAUUACUUGUUUAUGGGUGAUUACGUGGAUCGGGGAAAGCAGUCGUUGGAGACAAUCAUGCUGCUUCUUUGCUUGAAGAUCAAGUUUCCUGAGAACUUCUUUCUUUUAAGGGGAAACCACGAGAGUGCCGGAAUUACAAGGAUGUACGGCUUUUACGAUGAGUGUAAGAGACGUUCGAGUAUCAAGACGUGGAAAAACAUGGUGGACGUUUUCAACACAAUGCCAGUUGCUGCUACGAUUGCGGGAAGAAUUUUCUGUGUUCAUGGUGGACUCUCUCCAAGUCUUACUGAUUUGAACAAAAUCAAAAUGAUUCAAAGACCUACUGACAUUCCAGAUGAAGGUUUGCUGACGGAUCUAUUAUGGUCUGAUCCUCAAAUUUCUGGAUCUACCGAAGGAUAUAUUCUGGCAGGAAACCAACGUGUUUCGUCCAGUAGUACGAGCUCAUUGUCAAGCUUUUUUUCCUCACACUCUGCACCAUCGCCUCCUCAUAUACAAUCUUUACUGGCAAGUCAUCACGGUGAUUGGUCAGAAAACGAUAGAGGUGUUUCAUACUGCUUUAGCAAGAAGGUGGUAAACAGGUUCUGCGAAAGAUUCAAUCUGGAUCUGAUAGUAAGAGGACACAUGGUGGUUGAGCAGGGCUAUGAAUUUUACGCCAAAAGAAAACUAGUAACCGUAUUCUCUGCUCCAAAUUACUGUGGCGAGUUUGACAAUUGGGGUGCAGUGAUGAAUGUGAACAAGAAAUUGAUGUGCUCUUUCGAGCUUUUGAAGCCUUCAUUGGUUAAACAACGAUAA